CGGCCUGGGCCUGGGGCUCGGCCGCCCUCCGCGGUCGGCGCCGCGCGGCCCCCGCGAGCGGCCGUCGAGCCCGUGGGAGCUGGUGAGGCCCUCGGUGACGGAGCUCUCGCGGGCCGUCAGGAGCAACAUCCUGUGCACGGUGCCCGGCUGCGGCAAAGUGCUGCCCAACCCGCCGGCGCUGAGCAUGCACCUCAGCAAGGCCCACGGCGUGCAGCAGCAGCAGGAUGGAAAAAUAAAUCCUGCAAUAAGGAAAGACUUGAAAACGCCACAGAAAUACUACUGCUGUCCUAUUGAAGGUUGCCCUAGAGGACCAGAAAGGCCUUUUUCACAAUUUUCUCUUGUACGACAGCAUUUUAUGAAAAUGCAUGCUGAAAAGAAGCAUAAAUGUGAUAAAUGCAGCAAUUCCUAUGGCACCAUAUGGGAUCUGAAGCGACAUAGUGAGGACUGUGGCAAGUCUUUCCAGUGUACUUGUGGAUGCCCCUAUGCUAGCAGGACAGCAUUAUUGUCUCAUAUUUAUAGGACACAGCAUGAGAUCCCUGUUGAACAUAGGGAUCCACCAAGUAAGAAAAGGAAAAUUGAAACCUCUGUAUCCAAUCAGUUGGUGGGAGAAAAAGUUAAAGGAGCUUCUGCCAGUGUCCAGACCAGAUGUACUAGCACUAAAGACUUGGAGACCUCUGAGAUGAAGCCAGCAGCUUCCUUUGAAGAUUCUAGCUGUUCCUAUACUACCAAGCAAACACAAACGCAGCCAAAAAAUUCACCAAAGUUGCUUCUGCCAAAGCCAAAAGUGGCUUUGGUUAAACUCCCUGUAAUGCAGCUUACUCAAUUGCCUAUCUUUGUAUCAGCACCAGACUCUUCUGUCAAACCCGUUGUAGUUGCCGUUGAUGACAAAGGCUCUGUUAUGAGUACUGUUCACUUAAUGCCUCUGCCGGUAGGAUUUAUGAUACCAGGACUGGAGGCUGAAACACUUGCAUUUAAAAGCACCUUGCCCCUUUCAAAAACCAAAAAUGCUGGCAGUGUUGAGCCAGUCAGCACAGGUAUCCAGGUCAAUUUGGGUAAAGGGGCAUCAGAUAAUACAAUCCAAGAUCUGGAAGCCAUAUGCUACAAGAACGGGAUUUGUUCAACAAAUGUGCAGACGGACUUAUCUUAUAUUUCGCAGAACUUUGUGACAUCUGCAGCCUGGACUCCUGAUUCAUCGGUGUCCUCUUGUUCUCAAACAGACCUGACAUUCAGCUCUCAGGUUUUGUUGCCAAUUAAUGUGCAGACACAGACACUGUUACCCAGUUCAAAGUUGACUUCUUCCAUAGCUGCUCAGACAGAUGCACUUGCACAGGCUUGCUUUCAGUCAUGUGGAAUUUCUCGGGAGACUCAGACCAAUAGGUCGCAGAAAGAUAUUGAUGGGAGAGUACAAAUGGACCAGGCUGUAAUGUGCAAUGACAUUUUUGACAGUGUUAGUUCAUCAUUCAGUGAUUCAACCACAGUGGGACUUCCAGGCAGCAACUUAAUGGCUGCAGGCCUGGGUCAAAGUCUGCUACAAAGAGGAAGCUGCAAAUCUUUGAGUCCAGACACUAAGUGUGAGCCAGUUAUCAGCUUCAGUGCACAAAAUAAUAUUCUCCCACAGCAGGUUAUGACAGAUAAUCAGACCCAGACAAUGGAGUUACUGAACGAUCUUGAAACUAUUUUUUCGAAUAACACAGCGGGUCAGUCAUUGGAUAACCGUAGUCUUUUGACUGACACUAGCUCGCAUGCUGGCACACCCUUGCCUUCUGGCCCUACACAGAACGCAGGAAUUGAUUUUGACAUUGAGGAUUUCUUCACAGCCUCCAAUAUCCAGACACAGACAGAAGAGACCCAGCUGAACUCUGAGCCAGUCUUGGAGUUGCUAGAUAUUGAAACCCAGACAGAUUUAUUUUCAGAUAAUGCCACCCAGUCCUAUAGCUGCAGGGGUAAUCCCAAUUUCUUAGGUUUGGAGAUGUUUGACACACAGACCCAGACAGACUUAAAUUUCUUUUUAGACAGCCCCUAUUUGCCUUUGGGGAGCAUCUUGAAACAGUCUACCUUCUCUAUGAGCACAGACUCAUCUGAUACAGAAACACAGACAGAAGUGCAUUUUCCUGCAAAAAAUUCCUCUAACCAAAUGGCAGAAAGCAAAGUCCAGCUGAAUAGUGCUGAAACACAGACCAUGGAUAGCUGUUUUGAAACCCUUGGCAGUUUAUUUCUUACUAGCAAUGAGACUCAGACUGCUAUGGAUGACUUUUUGUUGGCUGACUUGGCCUGGAAUACAAUGGAGUCACAGUUCAGUUCAGUCGAAACACAGACUUGUGCAGAAUUGUGUUCUCUGUUUCAGGGUCCUGAUAAAUCAAACCAUUGAGUGCUGUUCUCAAACUCUCUUUUCUUUGAGGAUUAAUUUAUGUGUGGGUAGGAGAAACUGACAUUCAAGUCACCUCCACUGAAUGUAAUUGACCACAUAUGGUUGGUUUACAAACUGUGUCCUACUAUAAGGUACUUUAACUGUUUUGUGUUUACUAAUAUGAAUCCUGUGUGCAUAUGUUCACUGCUGUGUGUUUGUGUAUGUUUGAACACUUCAUAACUGGUAGUAAUCUUGUGUCUGCCCUCUGCUAUGCUGAGUUACAUUUUUUAAAAAAACUCUUUUAAGUUCCAAACUCAUAGCUGUUAGUAAUACCUGUCCUCAGAUCUUGACUAUUAACGCAGCAGUCCUGUACUUGGGAAGAAGUCCACUAAACAGAGUGGAGUUCUUGAGUAAUCAAACAUGGAAUUGUGCUGUAGGUGUUUGUUUUUUAAUGGACCAAAACCUAGUUUUCUUUAAAUUCUGGCUCAUUCCCCAAAUCCUGAAAAUGGAGCUCUUCUCUUUUUUCUUCUUGUUUUUGGAGUUCAUCGUUGCAAUUCAGCUCUACAGGGGUUACAUCAUGGUUGUGCCCAAGAAUUCCUACAGAUUCACGCUUCCGCAUGUUGCUGUGACAUAGGCUAACAAUUUGGCAGGAAUGUGCCCUACAUACUUGCAGCAGCUUGUUGCUUGCUAGAAAACUAACCAAAGUACAGAACAAGUUUUCUUUCUUUCUUUCUUUCUUUCUUUCUUUCUUUCUUUCUUUCUCUCUCUCUCUCUCUCUCUCUCUCUCUCUCUCUCUCUCUCUCUCUUUCUAUCUCUCUCUCUCUCUGUGUGUCUCAUCUGGCUUCUAAUCCAUAUAAAUUUAGUAAGACUUCAUACUUGCGACUGUGGGUAGGUGGACAACUGAAUAUUGACAUCACCAUGCUAAGAAAAAUGUGCAGCAGUACACUUUGGAUUCUGUACAGCUAAGCUAUACUCAAACUAGGAUUACUGAAAUUAAUCUAAUUUAGCCAUGUCCAUUAAUUUUGGUUGGUCUGCUCAGUGUAUGACUAAUGUUGAAUACAACCCAACAUGUUUAACAUGGGUAAAUCCUUGUUGAUCAUGGAUUCAGUUUUCUUGAAACAAUGUUAGUAGCCUGUAAGACGUUUAGUUUCUGAACAGUCUUGCCAAAUUCUAGCAGACAGUUUGGAAUUAAGCUCAAUGGUUUGCAAAAAUCUAUAUUAAGUAAGGAAAAGAAAGGAAGGCACCAAUGCAGAAAUGAGAGAUAUAUACACUUGGAUAUAUGUUAUUUAAUUCAGUGUAUUUUGUGUCAGCAACUCUUCAGAGCUGCUGGUUUUCAUUGCCUCUGAAAAGGGAUUAUUGACUAAAAUUUCCAAUGUACCUUUUUUCUUUUUAAUCUGUCCUAAGAGCUUAUGUCAAACAAUCACUUUGGAAACAUAGCUGCAAGGCAAACUAUGAGAAAGCAAUGAGUUCCUAUCUGCUCAGGACAAGAUUACUAGGAAGCUCUUCUACCAAGUGAUAAAGGAAAUUGUUCAUCAAAGUAGCAGAUGGCAUGUGUUCAACUACAGCUUUUACCUGCUGUUGGACAUAAAGUUCUGUUUGUGAUUGAAUUCUUUAAAUUCAUGUUGAGCCCUCAGCUCCUCCAAGAACAACUUAUCUUUCAAAGAGCAAAAAAACUUAGGGCUAGGAUGGAGGAUCUGUGGUCCUCCAGAUGUUCCUGGGCUACAACUGUUAUCAUCCCUGACAAUUGUCCCUACUGGCUGAGGCUGAUGGGAGUUGGGAGUUCAGCAGCAUCUGGAGAGCACCAUGUUCAGUGGUAGGGCCUGUUGUUGUCUUUGUAUAGUGCUGCUAAUGGUCUGUCAGCAUAGACCCAUCACUUCCACACUGAUUUUGUGUCUUACCGUCUAACUCUUACCCAGCAUACUCUGUGCAAAGUCUAAAGUGUUAGCAACUGCUCAGUGUUAUUGAUGAUCUUCAGAAACUUCUAUUUCCAUUUUUUGUUUAUUGAAGAGAAUAUCCUACACUGGAUAUUUGCAAUCUUCAUUAAUUGUAUGCAGGGUUUAUUUCUUCUCUCUCCAAGCAUUUAUUCUGCAGAAUUGAGCAUCUAUUUCCCACUGAGCCUUGGAUAAGCAUUUGGAAGAAGAACUCUCAACUGGGUCCUGUACGUACAUAACACUUUGGUAUGCACCAGCUGAAUGCUUCAGCCAAAGAGUGGCAAACAGCUUCAAGGUUGAUGCAGGUUACACACUGUUCUUCAAUCAGUCUCUAGAUUGAUGCUGUUUAACAAGCGAUGAAGCUGAAAUGAUGCAGUUUGGUCAGAGUCCCAGGCAGCAGUGAAGUAAUGACAUCACUAGGGUGCACUCUUUAUGUAUCAUGCAAGUUGUUUUGAUCUAAGGUCAAUUGCCCGUCAGGAGUGGUACUGUUAUUCCUCCAUGGUCACAUGAAUUAUUUAUUAUUAUUUAUUAUUUGAUUUAUUACUUGCCCUUCCACCAUAAGAUCCCAGGUUGGUUCACAACAAUGUAAAAUACAUUAAAAAGAUAGCACUCCAGAGAUUUAACUAUACUCUUGUUGGGAUGCAACUAAAAAGUCCCUUAUCCCACUGAAGCUUAGUGCUCUCCUAGUGCUUCCAGUGCAAAGCUAGUGUCAUCCGGCUUGCUGUGGUGUACAGCUUGGUACUUGCAGUUCAGAAUGUAGUAGCCUAGGUGCACUUUUGAUUAAAGUGUCCACGGGCACCUUGAAGUGGGUUUGAAUUGUUGAUGCGUAUCUGUGGUCAGGGUAUUGAGGCACUAAUAUGAGUAUGUAUAUUAAGCUUUUCCACAAACAAAACAGGCAGCUGUUCUGGGUCCCCCACACCUUAAUCAAAGUACCACUAAUGCAGUGGAGAUCAUGUUGGUAUAUAAUCGCCUUCUUAAGUUGAUGUGAUUGUCUUUAAGCAGCUACUUAUAGAUGUGUAGUGCCAGUGCCAAUAGUGCAGAUUGACCUUUGGGCUCUAUUCUGUUACUGGUAUCUUAUCCUACAUAGGGUGCUUAUGCAAUAGCUCGCCUUGAACUGCUGCUGUGACUAAAUCAAUCCAUGGAUUUCUGCUUGUGGGGGAAGAAAUGUUCCACACUCCUUGGACUCAUAGGAGAAGACUUAAAAGCCAUCCAGGAAUGGCAGAUCUCCUGCAUGCCCUACCUUUGGCUAUCUUCUUUCUUUAGUAGGAGAUUCCAAGAAUAUAUUUGCUAUAGAGAGAAAAUAUUGACUCAGCCUAGUCAUAUUUGCAGAAAAGACCUGGUCUCUGAACACCUUUGACGUUCCUGGCAUCCUUUUAAAGGAGAUUUUGAGCCUGUCUUCGAAAUGAAUCUUGUAACAUUUUGUUCUUUGUUUCUAUUGAUUGUUUCCCCCCACCAUUUCAUCAGAGUGAUUGAACCAGAAUGUUGCUCAGUUUGCAACUGUCUGCACACAAUCCUUGUAUUUGAUUAAUAUAAGUUAAUUAAAGGGAGUUUGGUGCAUAAGCUACAUCUUCUGCCUUUGGUUUUCCAAUUCCAUAGUAUUUUCUAGCAAUCGGGGUAACCUAGCUGCUAAUGAGGGAGCAGUAAACAGAUUUGAAUUUUUAAAGAAUUGGUUUAUAUACAAGUGUUUAGCAUGAUUGUCAUGACCUAGACACAGAGGGCCCACUUGCAUGACACAAUAGCUACAGGAAGGUAAGUUUCUGUCAACGUGAACCAGCUGACCUGAAUAGAGGUUGAUACCACAUAUCCUCCUUCUGAGCUGGAGAUUAUCCCUUGUUAGAUCUAAACCACCCAGCCCUCCACAACCUAUCAAACUCAGCAUGUUGUCAAAAGCAAACUAAGAAUGUCCUGCUCAGCUUCUACAUAUUAAUCUUCUACUUCAUAGAAGGUGAAAGAUGGUAAUAUACAUACUGAUAUCUUAGUGUUUGUGUGACUAGCCCUGAUUGCUAUAGUACUAAGAAACAAGAAAUGCCUUUCUCUCAGUCUGAUGGACACUGAUAUAUACAGGCAUGAUCUUCCUUACAAUCCCAAGUAUAAUACAGCAUGCAUGGUGCAUAUAGUCAGCUGACAUUUACAUCAGCUCUAACUUGAGUCCUGUCUUCUAUAGGGAAAGACUCAUCCUUGAAAUUCUUCACUUUUUCUUCAGUUAAGGGUUAAAAUUAACUUGAACUAAAAACCAACCAUAUUUGUUUUUCGGCAAUGAUAAUAAGGCAAGUACUACAAGUUACUACCCAUCUGAGGCAAGCAACAAGAAACUUUGGCAAGCUGUUCCUCCCAGGGUUUGGUUGCUUCCUUUCUCAUGCCUGCUUCUAGAGGGCUAUCUUAGUUGUCUUUUUUGAGCAUCUGAAAACAAGGCCGAACACUCACUGUACUGGGUGAGUUGUUUAGUGUCAUUUUAGAAAGUAAAAUAACUUGUUCACAAUCACUGUACAGUAGCCUUUGCCAACCUGGUGCCUUCCAGAUGUUCCCAUAAGCCCUAGCCAACACAGCCAGGUUGGCAAAGGCAGCGUUAGAGGUUACCUGUGGCAGUAGAUGCACCCAGGAUAUUUGCCUGUCAUUGUAGCUGGUUCGAGAUGGAUGAAAGAGUAAAAGAGGAUGAGCAUGCAGGAAAUAGACAACCACCUCUUAAUUGUUUGCAAAGCUUAUAUUAACUUUUAAAGGAACAUUCUUGAAUAUCAUUUUGCACCACGAAAUAGCACUAGUCUGCUUAAUGGAUAUUUCUAAACUUGAAAACAAAAAACCUGAGUUGCAGAGCUUAGUGUGAUGUCUUACUCUUGCUGGAUCAAAGUAUGGUAUUUCAUUUCAUUAUGCUUGCUAAUUUUCAAGAAAAAUUCUAGGUGUGCAUACAUACACACACAUGCUUCACAUCUGGCUGCAGAUUGAGAUAGCGUACACAGACACUGGAAAUGAAACUCUGUGAGCCUCUGCAUGCUUUAUGGGGAUUUGGGUUUUUGGAGGUUGGGGACUUGUUUCUGACUAAAUGUAGGAUUGCACUGUGAAUAAACAUGUGUCUAGGCUGUGUAUGGGCUGCAGAUGGGAACACGUAUGCUUGAUUACACCUCAACCCCCCCUGCAAUUUUUUUUUUAAAUUCCCUAAUACCUAGUUUUCCAUAUAGAAAAUAAGAGGGAAUCCUUUUGUAUGGAGGAGCAUUCAAUAAUGUAAGCCCCCACCUGCAGCCUAAGCAUGGGUAUACCAUGUCAGAAGCAAUACUGUGUCAUUGAACAAUACCAGUGAACUAAGGGGUUUUGUCCACUGCAAGUUGCCUGAAAUGUGAAAAUGAGUCAAUACACACAGUUUAUCUAUUAAAGGGACAAGGGUUGUAUCAGAACCUUGGCAUGUAGAUGAAACAUCUGAAUUACACCGUAUUAAAUUCCAGCAUCGAUCAUGUAUAUCAUUGAACAUUUUCUGUAUCCAAUUCUUGCACUUUAUGGAGUUUUUGCAAGGAAACAAUACAGUGCUGCUGUUUCCUAGCCUCAAGAGAAUGACUUCCAUUUCAUCACUGAGGGGGAAGGAGCAGAUGGGCUGGAGGAAUCCUGAAUAAAAAUGGAACUGUGGCCUGUUACCUUUAAGAGGAGGUUGUCAUAUGAUUACAGUUUUAAUAUCUGGCUGGAUAUGGGUAAGUGAAAGAAAAUCUCAUUCUCGUUUGCAGCUGCAAUUUUCACUACACCCUCCUUUCUGUCAUGUUUAGGGACAGAGUAGUCCUCUUUUUCUAGGGGUCCCCCCCCCUCAUUUGUGCCCACUUUGUUAAAGAUCAAAUGUAUCUACUACAGUUAAAUCUGUUAUUCUUUAUGGAGCCACAAGCCUCCUUUUUCUCCUCCGAUUCAUACGUAUUCUCUUCAGGCAGCUACUCAAGAUGAAAUGCCAAAGAGCACAUUAAUCUUACACGUGCAUGCAAUGACAAUUUAGACCAACAUGCAAGUGCACAGUUUCCUCUGCUUUCAGACAGUAAAAUGGUAGAACUGCCUCUUCUCUGUCCAUUAGGUGUUUGCACACACAACUGCAUGCAUAGAAUUGCAAAUACUGUGAGCUUUAAAUAAAUAAACUCUCUGUCUUGAAUAAAACUGUUCAGGUUAAGGGCCUACCUGUAUAUAUAAUGAAACACAUUUAUGUCACAAAGAUGAACAAAUAAAUGUCUUUCUGCCUUAACUCAC